GCGCGCGUCACUGUAUUUUAAAUUUCGAACCACUCCCGAAGCGCGCGGACGGCAUGCAUGACAAAACAGCGACUUUAUAAUAAAAAUUCAGUGAAAAAAGCCUAAAUUUUAUAUGAAAUUCAUGUUAAAAUUACUGUUAAGGUUUAGUGGUUGUGUUAUUGUGUAGUGUUGUGGGUUAUUUGGAUUUUAUUAACAGGAUGGCGGGAAUGAACCUACGGCUGACGUUUGCCGUGGUGUCCUCCGCCUGCUGGUCGGCCUUCCAACAUGGCUACAGUACUGGUGUCCUCAAUGCGCCACAGCUGGUGAUGUCAAGAUGGUUACAAUUCGACGCGUUAUCUGGCACCAAUCUGACCAUGGAGGCCACUGAGGAGCCGAAAGUGGCCACCAUCUGGUCUGUUGUCGUCUCUGUCUAUUGCGUGGGGGGCAUGAUUGGGGGCAUGCUGACUGGUGUCAUUGCUGACAGAUUUGGUCGAAAAGGCGGGCUGCUGCUCAACAACGCGCUUGUGUUCGUCGCGGCCGCGUUCCAGGGCACCGCCAAGAAAGCCAAUUCUGCGGAACUUCUUAUACUAGGACGAUUGGUCAUCGGCAUCAACAGCGGUCUGAACGCGGGCCUGGCUCCCAUGUACUUGGCCGAGAUAUCACCAGUGUCUCUUCGAGGAUCGAUCGGCACAGUAUACCAGCUGGUCAUCACCAUCUCCAUCCUCCUCUCGCAAGGGCUCGGUUUACCUUCAGUCCUGGGCACGGAGGAAGGCUGGCCCUGGCUGCUGGCCAUCUGCGCUAUACCGGCCGUCAUACAGAGCGUUACGCUGCCGCUGUGUCCCGAGUCGCCGAAGUAUUUGCUGCUGAAUAAAGGGAGAGAGUUACACGCGCAAGAAGCUCUGAAUUGGUUAAGGGGUGACGUAGCUGUCCACGGUGAAAUGGAAGAAAUGCACCAGGAGGCAGAAAAGAACAAAGUGAGCAAGAAAGUCACACUCCGCGAACUCUUCGGCAACCGCCAGCUCCGUCAACCCCUGCUCAUCGCCAUGACAGUGAUGGUUGCCCAGCAGCUGUCUGGAAUAAACGCCGUCAUGUUCUACUCUACCGAUAUCUUCUCGCAGGCCAGCCUUAAGCCACCGUAUUCGCAAUAUGCUACUUUAGGAACUGGAGCCAUGAAUGUUCUGAUGACCUUAGUGAGCUUGGUGCUGGUGGAGAAAGCCGGCCGAAAGACGUUGCUCCUGGUCGGCUUUAGCGGCAUGUUCAUCAGCUCCAUCUUGUUACUAGCGGCAAUGUUGCAUGUGACCUCAAUCGCUUGGAUGCCGUACGCAUGCAUCGGUCUAGUGAUUUUAUUCGUCGUGAUGUUCGCCGUGGGACCUGGAUCCAUCCCCUGGUUCCUCGUUACUGAACUAUUUAACCAGUCUUCGAGGCCCGCGGCGGCGUCAGUAGCGGUCACAAUCAACUGGGCGGCUAAUUUCCUUGUUGGACUCACUUUCCUGCCGUUACAACUGGUGAUAAAAGCGUACGUGUUCGUGAUCUUCGCGGUAUUCCAGCUGUUGUUCAUCAUCUUUAUCAGCAUGAAGGUGCCGGAAACGAAGAACAAGACGGUGGAAGAGGUCACGGCCAUGUUCAGGCAGCAACUAUGAUGUGGACAUUUUUACACUUUAGGGCCACUCCGCACUAUACUUGUCGCUAGGCCACAGAAUAAGUAAUAGUAUUAGCAUACAGAACGGCCACGCACCGCCCCGCCCUGACUCGAAUGACCUCGCCCCGCGACAGCAGAUUGACGGCCGUCUGCCGGCCGCUCAGUACUAUUUUUAAGCAACUUACACUAAGACGCAUGCCGCGUGUACAGACGUGCCGUUCACACAGAGAAACGCAAGUGAUUUUUGAUGUAUAGCGUGUCCGCCCUAUGACUAGGCGCCUCCCUAAGGCGCAUAUGGUGGAAAUAUUCGCUGCGAUCGAGUGAAGUCUGGCAGCUCAGUUGGCAGAAUGUUAGAUAAAAUCUCAUUUUUACUGUUUUCCGUUUAGUUUUUUAAUUGCAGUAGAGGGGCAUUCCACAAGAAUGUCCCUUACGAAAUGCUUUUCCCUUGUAUG